AUGUCAGUACCGACGACUAAAACACCAACUGUGGUCCGCAGCCACUCGACUACAUCUCGUCCCUCUCGAGCCCCAUCGGAUCUCCCGCAUCGGACACGCAGUGUGGCGGUUCGAUCGUCAAAUACGUCCCAGCCUCCUACGCCAACCAACCUGUCACAUUCGAAAACUCCUUCCCAGGACCGACGUCCUCCCUCAAACCAUACUGCACUUGAGGGUGCAGCCAGGCGCGAAUUCGAGGCAUCCAAUGUCGCGCGCAUGCCUUCUCGUCGGGAAACGUCAUCGGACCGAUCUCAGGAACGCCCCUCGACCGCUCGAACUGAAACUGCCCGAAGGCACCAAAGAAAUCCCUCAACCCAAAGCCGUCAGCGAGAGAGUGUUGAUAUGACACCGAGCUCGGCUUCACAACAGCCGUCGCAGCAUGCGACCGCAACAAGUGCCCCCGUAGUUGCAGCUGCGGCCGCGCCUCGGCGACGGACUACAAUCACGACGCCGACGGGUCAGUGGGCUCUAGGAAAAACAAUAGGUGCCGGAAGUAUGGGAAAAGUUAAAUUAGCAAAGAACACAGAGACUGGAGAACAGGUUGCCGUUAAAAUCGUGCCACGACUCUCGACAGAGGAACAUCGCACUAGUCGGGAGACAGAGAGAGCCGAUCGCUCAAAGGAAAUUCGAACAGCUCGAGAGGCCGCCAUCGUCAGCCUAGUGAACCAUCCGUAUAUCUGCGGCAUGCGGGACGUCGUUCGAACCUCAUACCAUUGGUAUAUGCUGUUUGAAUAUGUCAACGGUGGUCAAAUGCUGGAUUACAUCAUUUCCCACGGCAAACUGAAGGAAAAACAGGCGCGCAAGUUCGCACGACAGAUCGCCAGCGCAUUGGAUUACUGCCACCGCAACAGCAUCGUACAUCGCGAUCUGAAGAUUGAAAACAUCCUUAUCAGCAAGACUGGUGAUAUCAAAAUCAUUGAUUUUGGUCUCAGCAACUUGUUCUCCCCAAGAAGUCUUUUGAAGACAUUCUGCGGUAGUCUGUAUUUCGCUGCUCCGGAGUUGCUCCAGGCCAGACAAUAUACGGGACCCGAAGUUGAUGUUUGGAGCUUUGGAAUUGUCCUUUAUGUCUUGGUUUGUGGAAAGGUACCUUUCGAUGACCAGAGUAUGCCUCAGCUGCAUGCCAAAAUCAAGAAAGGUGUGGUGGAGUACCCACCAGGUCUCACUGCCGAGUGCCGCCACAUUAUAUCCCGAAUGCUGGUCACUGACCCCAAGCAGCGUGCCAGCUUGGCCGAGAUCAUGAGCCAUCCCUGGAUGAAUAAGGGUUUUAGCAACCCUCCAGAGAAUCACCUCCCUCAUCGUGAGCCUAUGCAGCUACCUCUGGAUCAAGAGGUUGUUGAAAAGAUGACCGGUUUUGACUUUGGGCCUCCGGAGUACAUUACAGCUCAGUUGACCAAAGUAAUGGAGUCCGAAGAUUACCAACAUGCUAUCCGGCUGUACUUCCGCGAACAACAACAGCCUGUUUCCAGUCACGCAGAGCGCAAACGAGGAGUGUUCGAUUUCUACAAACGACGAAACUCUGCGGCCAGUCGUGAUACCCUUUCCGCACCUUCAGCCGAGGCGGUACAACUAGGCAACGACCCUUUAAAUGCUUACAGUCCGUUGGUGUCCACAUACCAUCUAGUCAAAGAAAAGCUUGACAGAGAGCGCUCCGAAGCACGGCCUGGUGCCCUUGGUAUUCGUCAAACCCCCAGUGAAGUCCACGUGCCUGAGCUGCGGCCCCCGGAAGCCGCCCACACCAAUCAGUACCAGUUGGCAGGAGACAAGGAUACAGGACGACGAUCCCGGCCACGGGCCCGCACCCAUGGCGAGGACGAAGCCUCAGAAGGAAUGAAGAUACUUCAUUCUUCCUCGCCAUCUACUCACGCAGUCCCAAUCUCGCAGCCCGACACACCCGCCAAGAAAGAAAGCACUGCUGCUGGACUCUUGAGACGAUUCAGCACUCGCAGGACCAAAGAUCGCGGCCGCGAUGUGGAUCGUGAACGCAUCAGUACCCCAAACACACCCACGCUCAACGUUCAACCUCCUGCAGAUUCAGCAUCUCCGAUGCACCGUGGCUUCAGUGUAAGGAGAACCCGACGGGCGGAGCCAUCUCUAGGCGAGACCUCUUCGAAUGACAGCCGGCCUCAGCAGGAUCUUCUAGCGGCGCCAGGAUCGUCAGAACGCAAUGCGCGGUCCAACAAAUUCCUGGAGAGAUCUACCAGUGUCAAUUCGGCAGACUACCGGCCUCGGAGAGCCACACGGAGAAGUGAUGCCGAUGCCUUGGACGUUACUGCAGACCGUCAACCGCCCUCUACCGGUGACUCUGAUCAAGUUGUUCUGAAUAAUCAGAAAGAUCCCGCCGGCGUGAGAGCUGGUGGACGCACACACACGGCGCGUACCAUGUCGCUGGGACACGCCCGGCGAGAAAGCAUUCAGGCACGCCGAGCCCGGCGAGACGCUACCCGAGAAGCCAACGUGCCUGAAGAGACCGAUGCAGACAUCUCCGGCGCAGGCACAGCACUGGAGAGCGCUAACGAGGGAGAAGAUCUGUCCAAACCAGUGUUCCUAAAGGGUCUUUUCAGUGUUUCCACCACCAGCAGCAAACCUUUGCCCGUUAUUCGGGCUGACAUUAUUCGGGUCUUGAGGCAGCUCGCGGUUGAGUAUGUCGAGAUCAAGGGUGGGUUUAGCUGCCGCCACGCCCCUAGCAUCGACCUCGACAAGGUGGUUGAUGUUGCCCCUCCCAGUCCAGAACGACAGGGGCAAGUAUCAGGGCACCGCCGUCGUAUCAGCUUUGGCGGCCUCCUCAACCACGAUGAUAGCCGAGACGACAGCCGCACUGGGUCCUCCAGACCUCGUCGAGCUCAAGCUGCACCGGACCGCAGUUUCACCACGAAUUCGGACGGCUCAGAUGAAUAUGUUGCACGCGAACAGAAUGGUCCAGUCGGCGAGCGUGUCGUUGGCGAAACCACUACCCGUGUACAGAGCGACACUGGAGAGAAUCUCGUCCUCCGGUUCGAAAUCCUGAUCGUGAAGGUGCCUCUGUUCUCCCUACAUGGUAUUCAGUUCAAGAAGGUAUCAGGCGGCAUGUGGCAGUAUCGAGAGAUGGCGAAGAAGAUCCUCGAUGCAUUGAAACUGUGA